ACAAAACGUUUUUGUGUAAGAUUUAAAUCUGAAAAAUAAAGCUGAAACUUCUGCAGUUGAAAAAGAUUUUGAGCAAAUGACAUCAGUCCGUGCUACUGAGUUUGAGGGAGUUCUCUGAGGAUCAUUAAUGAAAAUUCCUGGACUGGUCCCAGGUUUUCCUGUCAGUCUUCUGCUUGUCCAGACUGGUGAGGCUUGUUUUGGAUCCUCUCUCUCUCUCCCCCCCCCCCCACCCCCCCCGAGGAAUGGCAGUGUCUAAAGUCUCCAUUUCCGAAGCCAAACUCUGCUGUGCCAUCUGUUUGGAUCUCCUCAAGUCUCCGGCCACCAUUCCCUGUGGCCAUAACUUCUGCAUGGAGUGUAUCGGCAGAUGCUGGCAUCAGGACGGGGCUUCGGAGACCUUCAGGUGCCCUCAGUGCCGGGAGACCUUUAACUCCAGGCCCUCCCUCUCCAAGAACACCAUCUUGUGCGAGAUUGUGGAGGACUUCACCAACUCCGAUCCCUCCCCUGCCUCAGAGGAUGCCACUGGCCCUCAGGAUGUCCUCUGUGACUUCUGCACUGACCAGAAGCUGGAAGCGGUCAAGUCGUGUGUGGUUUGUAUGGCCUCCUACUGUCAGCUUCACCUCCAGCCCCAUGCCAGCAACCCGGUCUUCAAGGAUCACCGGCUCAUCAAUCCCAUCAAGGACAUCGAGGGCAGGAAGUGUCCGAACCAUCGGAAACCACUGGAGGUCUUCUGCAGGACUGACCAGACCUGUGUGUGCUGCCUGUGCGCCAUCAAUGAGCACCGACAACACGAGACCGUGUCCUUGGAGGAGCAAGUCAGCGAACUAAAGAAAGAACUCUGUGGGCGACAGGGGAGAAGUGGACACACUGAUAGAAGAGACCACAGGCGAGAUCGGAAAGCUGAAACAAAAAGGUCGACUCCAUUAACAAUCUCGGAAUACAGAAUACAGUCUGUACAGUGGGAGUUUGAUGUCUGGUAUGUGAAGGAUGUGGCCUGGACAAUGGAGCUAACUGGAUGUCAUGAGGGCCUCACUGGUGACCUGGGAGAAGGUGUUGAUGGUUUGGAGGAUUUUGGCAUGGUGCUCCAGGUAAAACAGCAGGCCAAGCAGAAGUGCGCCGAACUGCAGAGAGUUGUUGAGAAGGCGCAGAGGGACGUGUUGCGGUUCCUCGAGGAAGAGGAGGGAGCCAUGGUGAGUCAGAUGGAGGAAUCCAUGACACAACUGCAGGACGGCCUUGCUGGGCUGCAACAAAGCAGGCUGCAGCUGGAGGCUGCCCUGAAGAGUGACGAUAGCCUCUUCGUACUACAGCUCCAGGAUGCACUCCAGCACUGUCAGUGCCUCCAGGGAACCAGCAGACACCCACCGCGCUCCCUCCCCACGGACACUGGGCAUGAAGAUGCCCUUCAUUUGACAUUUGACCUCAACACGGCGCACAAGCAUCUCCUCCUCUCAGAAGACAAUCGCACGGUGACAGACGUUGAUCCUACUGUGGUCCCCUAUCCUGAACACCAGGAGAGAUUCAACAACUUCCCCCAAGUGCUGUGCGCCCAGAGCAUAUCAGAGGGCUGCUGCUACUGUGGAGGUGGAAGUGAGAGCGGGCACUGGGCGGGAAUCGGCUCACCUACAGAGGGUCAAUAG